CCAUCAAUACACUCUGGUCUUGUAUUCCCCAUCCAAUUUGAGACUGGAAGAUAUGAACACCUAUACAAUGGAGAACUUGUGGAGAAUGAACAACGUAGCCUGACUUUUAAUUUUAUAUUUUCUCCAACUGCGAUUCUUGAAUACGGUCAAUAAUUAAAGUCGAUACGGAUAGGUAUUUAUUCAUUUAAAGGUUUAUGUUCGUCUACAAAGGCUCGCCACCCAUUGAACUAGACAUAUAUCGAUUGGCCAAGGUAAACAGUACGCGGCCGAAAAGGUGCAUGAAACACACGAAUAAACCUUAAAAGCCACGCCCAACAGUGCAUGAUUCAGCACAUAAGACUAUUAAAGGAUUUUUGUAUUUUUCCAUUGCUCACACAAUUUUGCAAUCAAACUGCUUAGUUUCUGACCAACUCGAGGAUAUAAGCAAGUGAAACAUCUGUAAGUACGAGGAAGACGUAGAAACAUCACCCGAUAAAGCCAAGGAGAGUAAAUCUGAGAAAUAGCAAACUCAACCAGGAUGGAUAAGUAUGGACGCCCUGUUGACCACACGGAGGUGCAUAUCCAGCAGCAACCACCAACAUACAUGGCCCAAACAAAGCAGUCUUGGAGCUGGUGCUCCAUCGUGACAUCCACUAUCUCGCUCUGCUGCUGUAGCCUUAUGGGAGGUAUAGGUCUUCUCUGCGCCGUCCUCAGCUACACUGACCACAAGGUUGGAGACUACGAGAGGCAUAAGACCAAGAGGUGUUGGUCUCUCUGUUGCUCCAUUUCUGCAAUCGUGAUUGGAUGUCUGGCUAUUGCCGCAAUUUUGGUGUUGGUGUUUGCAUUUCCAGGAAUUAUAUAUGGAUACGCCUCAGCCAUUAACAUAAGAAAUCCCUAUGCGGGAUAGGAAUAAACCCCUAGCCUAAGAUGGUUCACUUCAGUGAAUGGGUGAAAACUGUAAUAAGCAUAUUUUACUACUAGUACAUUAUUUUGCUAUACAUACAUUAUGAGCCUCAACACAGGAAAACAUGUCUUAUCACACAAAAUCAAAUAAUUGAAAAAAUCUGUGAUAAGACCCCUUUCCCUGUGCCCUGGCUCAUAUACAUAUACAUAAAGCUUAUCAUAUCAUGAGAUUGACAUUUUACUAAAUAAGACAUAGCAGGAUGGAUAUCAUCCAACCAAGACUGGUCAAAAUAUUAGGUCAAACCAUUAUUGGCAUACAAUCAAUUUUGAUUAACG